CACAUCUUUGCAUCUCAACAAAACUGCAAAGCAACAUACACAUAUACAUACAUACAUACAUACAUUCAUAAACACACUGAUACAUCGAUCUCUGUAGUUUGAGGAAGAUGAUGAGCUCAGGGGAAGUGCAGUCGUUCAAGAAGAAACAAGGGACUGUGAUCCCCAAGAAGAGAGAGUUGGUGAAGACCAAAAUCCUCAAAUCCAUUCUCUCUUUUCUCCGUCGCUCCGUUGCUAAACGAAUUUGUGAACAUUCCGGUGACGGCAAACGCGUGUACCCUACUCGCCCAUGAUCGGUCUUUUCCAUGGAGUUGACGAUAUUUACCGGUCAUGAUCUUAUAUGGGUUGUCCUCCUCUGCUUUUCUGUUGUUAUGUUAUAUUUUAAGUAGAAGGAAGCUUGAUUAGGCUGAAGAUUCUGUUUUUUUAUUUGAGUUUUUAGUCUUUUUGAAAGGGAGUUAUUUCAUGAAUUAUUGGUAGUAUAAUGUUUGAUCUUCAUUGUGUAAAACCCAUUUAAUAUAUGAUUAUCAUGACGCGUCUUGAUUAA